AUGGGGGGCAUUAACGAGAGCAUUCGCAAAUGGAAAGGGGAUUUACAGUCUCAGAGACUGUCUGCGAUCGACCGUUGGGAUGCACUGGAGAAGGCAGCACGGCUCAGUUAUAAUCAUCCAUCUGGUUAUUCUCACAUAGUCAACCCUUUUGUCUAUCGCCUUGCCAGUUUGACGACGAAGGCAUCUAAGCCCAUUGCACUCUCCAUAAACGAUUUUUUUCCUCUUUCUCCGGACAAACCCAAAAAAAACAAACCCUCUCCUACUCACUCCAUCUCUCCAUCCCCUUCAAGCAAUCCUCAUUUUGCCAAACUCCAUCUCUCAAAAUCAUCCACUGCUAUCUUGAUUGAAGAUGGCUGUUUCAGAAGUAAGGAACUAUUAUCAACUCAGUUUGUUGAAGAAGUUCACAACAGAACUUUGGAUGUCGAAAAAAUGAGGUUUGUUUCCAACACAAACUUGCCUGAUACUGAAUUCCACUUUAUAAAUUCUUGCAAUGGCUUGCUUUGCUUGUAUGGAAAGUCUAAAGGCGAUUUCAAUCAAAUGAUUUAUGUUUGCAAUCCAAUAUUAGGAGAGUACAUUAUUAUUCCGGUUCUUCAUAAGCUUAGAAAAUAUGGACACCGCUUUGCUUUGGGGUUCAGUUCCGUCAGUAAUCAAUACAAAGCGCUACAGACUAUUUUUCCAGAGGGAGAGUAUGUUAGGCAAGUCCGGGCUGAAGUAUACACGGUUGGUACAGGACGAUGGAGAAGCAUGGGAAAUGCUCCUUUCAACCUUGGACAUCUGGAUGCCAAUGCUUUUGUGCAUGAUUCAGUCCAUUGGAUUGAUUGUACUCUUGAAAACGAUGGGUUUAUUUGUGCUUUUGACUUUGGUUUUGAGCAGUUUAAGCGGUUGUCUUUACCUCCUAGUUCUCAAAUACUUGAAGGCUCCAGGAUCCAUUCGAUUGCAUGUGUGGGAGUUUUAAAAGCUUGGCUAUUUGUGGCUUUUGAAGUUUAUUCUGAAUGUGGAGAUAUUGAGAUAUGGGUUAUGGAGGAGUAUGGCGUCAAGGAGUCUUGGUCCAAAAAGUUUGUUGUUGUAACCCUACAAUUAGAUGAUUACCUCGGAAACGCGCUGAAGUAG